CCAGCUCAAUAAAUCAACAAUUAUGAACUUAAAGAAUUCUACUCUGAUAUUUUAUUGUAUUUUGAUUUGCUCAUUCAUACUAAACUAUGAAUUUAAACUCAUAAAACAUCAGUUUGGGCUAGCCGAAUAUAACAGCUCAAUUCACACUUCGAGCCUUAUCGUUAAUGGAUUUCCGACUUUCAAUCGGCGCUUUUUGGUCCGGAUCCGAUAUCUGCAUGCCCAUUCUAAUUUUUGUGUCGGCACUAUUAUAGAUCGAUUUUGGAUUGUUACUUCUGGAAUGUGUAUGCGAUACGGAAAAGGUGUCAGCUUCUUAGUUGAGGUUGGGGACUACACAAGACCUAUCAGACGAAUCGAGCCUAUCUUAUCAACUGAAGUAUUCUACACUGAACCCUGGGACACGGCUGAGAGUCCCCACGAUGUGGUUGCAGUUGUCAGAGUAGCCAGACCAAUUCAAGAUAUAUCGAGAUAUCUGAAGAUCUGCCAGAAACCUGGAUCCCAAGGAGACACCAUUGGCACCUGUGGAUUGGGCCAAACAUCCAGAUCCGAAGCCAAGCACUCGAGGACUCUGAUGGAAGCCUACUUUUCUGUCAGCUACCUACCAGAUGGUUUUGUUCCGGUCGUGGAUCAGCUGAGUUUCUGUCGGGAAAAAGACAUUUGUACUCGUGAAAUUACACCAGAAUGGGCGGGCUUGUACUGGGACACGGCUGAGAGUCCCCACGAUGUGGUUGCAGUUGUCAGAGUAGCCAGACCAAUUCAAGAUAUAUCGAGAUAUCUGAAGAUCUGCCAGAAACCUGGAUCCCAAGGAGACACCAUUGGCACCUGUGGAUUGGGCCAAACAUCCAGAUCCGAAGCCAAGCACUCGAGGACUCUGAUGAAAGCCUACUUUUCUGUCAGCUACCUACCAGAUGGUUUUGUUCCGGUCGUGGAUCAGCUGAGUUUCUGUCGGGAAAAAGACAUUUGUACUCGUGAAAUUACACCAGAAUGGGCGGGCUUGUACUGGGACACGGCUGAGAGUCCCCACGAUGUGGUUGCAGUUGUCAGAGUAGCCAGACCAAUUCAAGAUAUAUCGAGAUAUCUGAAGAUCUGCCAGAGACCUGGAUCCCAAGGAGACACAAUUGGCACCUGUGGACUGGGCCAAACAUCCAGAUCCGAAGCCAAGUACUCGAGGACUCUGAUGGAAGCCUACUUUUCUGUUAGCUACCUACCAGAUGGUUUUGUUCCGGUCGUGGAUCAGCUGAGUUUCUGUCGGGAAAAAGACAUUUGUACUCGUGAAAUUACACCAGAAUGGGCGGGCUUGUACUGGGACACUGCUGAGAGUCCCCACGAUGUGGUUGCAGUUGUCAGAGUAGCCAGACCAAUUCAAGAUAUAUCGAGAUAUCUGAAGAUCUGCCAGAGACCUGGAUCCCAAGGAGACACCAUUGGCACCUGUGGAUUGGGCCAAACAUCCAGAUCCGAAGCCAAGCACUCGAGGACUCUGAUGGAAGCCUACUUUUCUGUCAGCUACCUACCAGAUGGUUUUGUUCCGGUCGUGGAUCAGCUGAGUUUCUGUCGGGAAAAAGACAUUUGUACUCGUGAAAUUACACCAGGCGCUCACAGCUGUUUAAAAGACGCUGGCGCACCGGUUUAUCAAUUCGGCUGUGCUGAUUCGGAGGACGGUUUCCAGUACCCGACCCCCAAAUGUCUAUAUGGAAUGGUGAAGUCUGUGAAAAGCUUUGAAAUCGACUCACAGGGCGACUAUUUGGGAUGCAAAGGACCAGAGACGUUCACGAACUUGACUCACUAUUUUCCUGAGAUCCAACGGAUUAUUGACAAUUAUCGAUUUUGA